UCUUUUUCAGCGGCUACAUACAUGCCGGGAUCAGCGAAGUCAAUGGAGCGUAUGGAUUACGGGCUACGAAGAUGAUCAUCGGGCCCCAAAAGUCGUGUGAUAUUGAAAAGAUUUUGUGCUGGAUACCUGGGUUGCUUCCCUAGUGAGCACUAGGUCUAGUUGCAUCGAUUAGCCUGGGUGUUAAUCUGCGGCUGGCGGCGAUCGAUGGCUUAGCUGAAGAGAUGCAGGGCACAUCGCCCCUCUGGGUAGGAGGACUGGCUAUUCGUGAAUGAGGGAUGGUAAUGAUAACAAAACCCCAUUACAAGCGUUUUGUCCUUAGGCCCUAGGCCAUACAGCGCCAACCGACUAAAACGUAUGCCGGCUGAGCUUAGGUGAGUAUCGGCAUUCCCGAAUGACAGGUCUUGGCCACACCCUUUUAGGAAACACAAAACAGGACUACCGAGAGUACAUAACUCGUGAGAUCUACCACUAGCUCGGGUGUACGAACUGCACCGUUGUAAACCAUCUGAUUGAUAGAUCACAAAUUCCAUUCUUGGGACGAUGCUCCUGUGUGAUCGACGCCAGCUUGAGAUCCCGGAAAUUAGGUUGGUCUAGUCAGCCAAGUGCAUGUCAGAUUUCGAAUUCCAGAAAUACAUUCGACACCCGCAUAGGGUGUCUGUGUGUACAUGGGCGGCAUUUACAAGCCAAUAGGAUCCAGCCAAUCCGCAAAAAAAACCAAAAGCAAAACGCCCUCUAUACAAAACCCACGCCUUGGGUAUAUGCUCAAUCCACCGACGAAAAUGCUCCCCCAAUCAAGAGACGCAUUGACUAGCCCAGGCGGCUUAAUCCGACCCGGUCAGCUUCGACUUGAUGUCGAUGAUAUCUUCAUCGGCUUCCACCUCAAUCACCCGGUUGACUUGGGCACUGGUGCGCAUCAGCUCCACUGCGUUUGCAUACGACAUGCGUUGCAUCGGGUUGCAGUUUUCAGGGAGCCAGUAGAGGAGAACGUAAGGGACUGAGGGACGUCCGUCUUUCUCUGAGGAGAAUGAAACGUGGUGAGGAUUCGGGAAGAUCAUCGGCCAGAUCUUCCAUCUUGGAGUAGAUUUCAUCGUCUUGCGGCCGGAUCUCCUGGGUCUUUGCAUCAAUGAUAUCUAUCAUGCGUCACUUGUCAGCUUGAGAUACAGGCAAGGAUACCGAUAUGGCUGUGGCUGGCACUAUGUACGUGCUAUAUAGCCCGGCUUCUGUCGAGAUGCAUGGGAGAUGGGGGAAAGCGCAGAUUUAGGGACCCAUACAGAUGAUAGCUUGCGCAUCCUUGGCUCUCGAUGUGCCCAGACGGAACUUGCGCAGCUUCUCCUUGGUCUCGGGCGAGAACGAAUAUAGUCGUGAAUCAGACUACCAUAAGUCAGCACCUCGGUGGGGGAAAUUUGGGAGCAGUUCGCAUGGCCUAUGCCUGGUGCGGGGAGACAUCUCACCAUUUUGGACGUCAACUAUGGGACACGCAGAAAAGUCAAGUAAACGAAAGCCCUGAGUCUAGUGCUAAUAAUGCACUGAAUAAAGAUGAUACUGGUUUGUCCGAUCUGAAAAACGGAGAAGGCUGUAGGAAUGUGAAGACGAUGGAAAUGCGGGCGGAGUGUCCCUGUUCCCCCACUUCACUUCCUCUGCGCUUUGAACGAACAGACCCGAAUUACUCCUACACCUAUACCUUCAUGCUCAACCGACUGAAUCUACUGACGCGACACUUCUCACGCCCAUUCAGUCCCUCUCGCCCAAUCAGCCCCUCCUUCUCGACCCCGUCCCUGGCCCCUCGUUCAGAUCCGUCCGCGAUGACAUCAGCCGCGCACCCGAAGCCCAUCCACACGGCAGCAUGCCUCAUUAUUGGCGAUGAGGUUCUGGGUGGAAAGACCAUCGACACCAACUCGCCCUACCUAGCCAAGUUCUGCUUCUCGCUUGGCAUCGAACUGAAGCGAGUCGAGGUCAUCCCCGACGAUGAAGAGGAUAUAAUAGAAGCCGUACGACGCAUGAGCUCCCGCUAUGACUUCGUAGUCACCAGCGGCGGCAUUGGGCCCACACACGAUGAUAUCACAUACUCCGCGAUCGCCAAGGCAUUCAACCUGAAGCUGGAAUUGCAUCAGCUGGCCUUCGAGCGCAUGAAGCGUCUCUCCAAGCCCCAUCCCAUGCAACUCAACUUCGACUGGGAAACACCAUCGCCGGGCCUCACCGCCAAGCUGCGCAUGGUCGAGCUGCCCUUCGACCCGAAGGUCUCCGCCGAGUCACAGGCCGUGUUCGUCGCCGACGACCUGUGGGUGCCGAUCGCGGUGGUGAACGGAAAUGUGCACAUCCUGCCCGGCGUGCCGCGGCUCUUCGAGCGCCUGCUUCUGAGCUUGAAGCCCUUGCUUAUCCCCCGUUUGACCGACCCGGAAGGCAAGGGGACGUUCCGCUUGAUGAUCAGCACGCCGUUGCCUGAGAGUGCGGUGGCGCCGUACCUGACUGAGCUGGCGGCUAAGGUUGAGCCUCGGGGGAUCAAGGUUGGCAGCUAUCCGCGUUGGGGUAAAAAGCGUAAUACUGUUACUUUGGUCGGCGCGGAUAAGGCUUACAUGGAGUCCUUGACCAGUGAGGUUGAGGAAAAUGUUCAGGGUAAGCUGGUUGCCAAGGAGGAUGAGUUGGAUCCUCCGUCGGACUCGGACCAUGUUUACAGCCAGUAG